UUGACUUCUAUUCAACGUUUAUCCUUUUAUUUUCAUUUAAUGAUCACGUACGUAGUAUUAUUAUUAUCAUGAGCAGGAGUUGGUGCAGGCGUGGGUGGCUUCAUUGCAGGAGGCUUGCUCUGCCUUUUAUGGUACAAGAGCAGGGAGAGGAAGCAGCGUUCGACCUCCUCAAUCCUGCUUGCCUCAACUGCCUCUUCUGAGCCAUCCUCCAACAGAGACCCGGAAUUGGGCAGCUCACAAUACCAGACCACCCUCUUCUCAUACGAGGAGCUUGAGGAGGCCACUAAUGGCUUCAGUACCUCCAGAGAACUUGGCGAUGGUGGCUUCGGUAUUGUUUACCAAGGAAAGCUCCGAGAUGGGCGUGUAGUCGCAGUCAAAAGACUGUAUAAGAACAACUGGAAGCGUGUCGAGCAGUUCAUGAAUGAGGUUGAAAUCCUCUCACGCCUUCGCCACCGGAACCUUGUCUCCCUCUACGGCUGCACCUCGCGCCACAGCCGUGAACUCCUACUUGUGUAUGAGUUCGUGCCCAAUGGCACUGUCGCGGAUCACCUCCAUGGCCCCCAUGCCCAUGAUGGAGCCCUUACAUGGCCCAUCCGCAUGAGAAUCGCCGUUGAAACAGCUGGUGCACUCGCCUACCUCCAUGCUGUCGAGCCACAAAUUAUACACCGGGAUGUGAAGACCAGCAACAUCUUGCUUGACUGCAGCUUCCAUGUGAAGGUUGCUGAUUUUGGACUGUCACGACUCUUCCCACUCGACGCCACCCAUGUAUCCACUGCUCCGCAAGGCACCCCUGGUUAUGUUGAUCCUUUCUACCACCAGUGCUUCCAGCUCACGGACAAGAGUGAUGUCUAUAGCUUCGGGGUAGUACUAGCAGAGCUCUUAUCAUCAAAACCGGCUGUCGACACCAAUAGGACCUAUCGUGAGAUCAAUUUGGCCAACAUGACAGUUAGUAAGAUCCAGAAUUGCCAACUGGAGCAGCUGGUGGAUCCAAGUCUUGGAUAUCAGUCAGAUUGGGAGACGAAGACGAUGAUCACUCUGGUGGCUGAACUAGCACUCAGAUGCUUGCAAUUAGAGAGGGAGAUGAGACCAUCCAUUAAGGAGGUUCUGGAGGUGUUGAGAGGGAUAGAGAGUGGAGAGUACAAGACCAAGAAAGUGGUGGAAGCUGAUGUUCCAGUGAGGGAAGACGACAGCUUACUGAAAAAUAUUCUAUCUUACUCGCCGGAUUGUAUUACAGGGAGAUGGGAAAGCAGGCCAAGGACACCUAACAGUACUAGUGAGUGAGGUACCAUUAUUCUCCCUGGAUUCUCUUCAUAUUGUACCAGUGUAUUGAUUAAUAUAGAGAGAACUGGAGAGGUUUUAUCCAUACGUUUAAUGAUCGACGUGCUUGUACAUAGUUUAUGCACAUUUCAAGGGACAGGUUGUAAUGGAUCCGUUUACUUUCUUUGUUCUUCAUAUU